UCGCAGGUGAGCGAGGAAGUUCCCACCGUCAUUUCCAGACUUUUAGCAGGUGUCAUGACUAAAAAGUUAUGCGUAUGAAUAUUAGUUUUUAGCUUGUAAGUAUCAUGAGAAAGUAUUUCAUUAUGAAAUAAAUCGGAAGCGACUCCUGUUGCCAUGGCUCUGUCGGAGUUGUAUACAAAGUAUAACAGGGUGUGGAUCCCUGACGCGGAACAUGUUUGGAAAUCUGCGGAGAUUCUGACAGAUUUCAAGCCUGGAGAUACUGAGCUGGAACUACUGCUGGAGGAUGGGACGGAGUUGCAGUAUCCUCUGGAAGGGGGUGAGAAGUUGCCACCCCUCCGAAACCCGGACAUCCUGGUGGGUGAGAAUGACCUCACGGCCCUCAGCUACCUUCAUGAGCCGGCCGUGCUACACAACCUCAAAGUCCGAUUUGUCGAGUCCAAAAUCAUCUAUACGUAUUGUGGAAUUAUCCUGGUGGCAGUCAAUCCAUACAAGCAGCUUCCCAUCUAUGGAGAUGCAGUCAUCCAUGCGUAUUCUGGUCAAAACAUGGGCGACCUGGACCCUCAUAUAUUUGCUGUGGCUGAAGAGGCCUACAAACAAAUGGCCAGGAAUAACAAGAACCAGUCUAUCAUUGUGAGCGGUGAGUCCGGGGCUGGAAAGACCGUAUCAGCUCGGUAUGCUAUGAGAUACUUCGCUAUGGUCAGCAAAUCUGGCAGCAAAACUCGAGUGGAGGACAAAGUUUUGGCAUCCAACCCGAUCACUGAGGCCAUUGGAAAUGCGAAAACAACCAGAAAUGACAACAGCAGUCGAUUCGGGAAGUACACUGAGAUCAGCUUCGACAAAAGAUACCAAAUCAUUGGUGCCAACAUGAGGACGUACCUUCUGGAAAAGUCAAGGGUUGUGUUUCAGUCAGAGAAUGAGAGAAAUUAUCACAUCUUCUACCAAAUGUGUGCUUGUGCAAAUCAGCCGGAGUUCAAAGGCUUGAGACUGUUGGGUGCAAACAAGUUUAAUUACACUCGUUUGGGUGGAGAGACGGAGAUCGAGGGUGUGGACGACCGCGCUGACAUGGCAGAAACACGCAGAACCUUCAGUCUACUGGGUCUUAAGGACAGUUUUCAGGCUGAUGUGUUUAAGGUGCUCGCUGCAAUUCUGCAUUUAGGAAACGUAGUAAUCAAGGAGAACAGCUCUGAGAAAUCAUCCAUCGGUUCCAGAGACCCUCACUUGGCCAUAUUCUGUGACCUGAUGGGCGUGAACAUGGAGAACAUGUGCCGCUGGCUAUGUCACAGACGGAUAGUCUUGUCAGCGGAGACGGUGGUGAAGCCGCAGCCUAAGGAACGUGCCAUCAAUGCCCGUGAUGCCUUGGCCAAACAAAUCUACGCCCAUCUUUUCGACUGGGUCAUCAACAAGAUCAACCAGGCACUGAUGGUCCCUGGGAAGCAACAUUCAUUUAUUGGGGUGUUGGAUAUUUAUGGAUUCGAGACAUUUGAAGUUAACAGUUUCGAGCAGUUCUGCAUUAACUACGCCAACGAAAAGCUGCAACAGCAGUUCAACCUGCACGUGUUUAAACUGGAGCAGGAGGAGUACAUGAAAGAGGACAUUCCGUGGACGCUGAUCGAUUUCUACGACAAUCAGCCUGUUAUUGAUCUCAUCGAGGCUAAGAUGGGCAUCCUGGACCUUUUAGAUGAGGAGUGUCUGUUCCCACAGGGCACUGAUAAAAACUGGCUGCAAAAGCUGUACAAUUUUCUAGGUUCAAACCCACUAUUUGAGAAACCUCGUAUGUCUAAUGACUCUUUUAUGAUCCAGCAUUUUGCUGAUAAGGUAGAAUAUCAGUGUAAAGGUUUUUUGGAGAAGAACAGAGACACGCUUUAUGAAGAGCUAGUCGACAUCAUGCGCACUAGUCAGUUUGCUCUCUUGGCAGAUUUUUUUAAAGAGGAGGAACCAAAUUCUGUCCACAAAAUGAUCAAAGUUAAACCAGCACAAGCCAGAGUCAAAGCUUCAAACAAGCAGCUGAGAACCACCGUAGGAGACAAGUUUCGAAGUUCCUUGUACCUGUUAAUGGAGACACUGAACGCUACUACACCUCAUUAUGUGCGCUGUAUUAAACCCAAUGAGGAGAAACAGCCAUUUGAGUACGACUCAAAGCGUGUGGUGCAGCAGCUGAGGGCCUGUGGUGUGCUGGAGACCAUCCGCAUCAGUGCCCAGAGUUACCCGUCCAGGUGGACGUAUAUAGAGUUUUACAGCCGUUACAGUAUCUUGAUGAGCCAGUCAGAGCUGAAGCUGGGAGAGAAGAAGCAGACGUGCAGGACGGUUCUGCAGAAACUCAUUCCUGAUUCCAACCAGUACAAGUUUGGUCGGACUAAGAUCUUCUUUCGAGCUGGACAGGUGGCGUACCUAGAGAAGCUGCGUUUGGAUCAUCUUCGUGGGGCUUGUGUGACCAUUCAGAAGCACGUGAGGGGCUGGAGGCAGAGACGCAGGUUUCUGCACAUGAGACAAGCUGCCAUCACGAUACAACAGUACGUGCGGGGAAAGAAACAGAUCAGACGCACUGUCACAGCUCUGGCGCUGAAGCAGGGCUGGGCCGCUGUGGUGAUUCAGAGACACUGUCGUGGGUAUCUGGUACGGAAGAUUUACCAGCUCGUCCUGAGGGCUGCAGUCAUCAUACAGGCCUACACCAGAGGAUGGAUGGCCCGCAAGCGCUACAGAAAGAUGAUGGCGGAGCACAAGGCUCUGGUUCUGCAGAAGUACGCUCGAGCUUGGCUGGUGCGCCGGCGGUUUCAAACAAUGCGACGGCUGGUCAUCAACGUGCAGCUGUCGUACAGAGUCCAGCAGCUGCGUAAGAAGGUGGAAGAGCAGAAUAAAGAGAACCGUGGCCUCAUGGAAAGAGUCACCAGUUUGUCCAAUGCACGUGCUCAAGGACUAGAAAAGAUUCAGGCUCUGGAGGUGGAGCUUGGAAAGCUAACCAAUGAGAUGGCAGCCUUAGAGGAGAGGGCGAGAACAAACUCAGAAGAGGCCAAUCAGGCAAUCGCUCUGCUUCAGAAUGAUAAAGAGAAACUUGUUCAGGUGAAUAAGGCUUUGGAACAGAAACUGAAAGACACGACCCUUCAGAUGCAAGAUCAAUUUGAGAAUGUAAAGAGAAAACUGAUGGAAGAUCUGGAAAGAGAGGAGAGGCUCAGAAAGGUGGCGGAGCACAACGGUGAACUCCAGAAGGAAGACGCGGACAAAGAGAUUGUAACACUGAAAGAGGAAAGCCGUAGACUGAAAGAGGAGCGAAUCAGACUCCAGACGCAAGUGGAGGAGGACAUGAAGGUCAAUGCAGAACUGCAAGAACAACUUCUGCAGCUCACUAAACACGUUAAGAUCAUACCAGAUUUACGGAAAGAAAUCAACAGCCUACAGAUGCAACGAGCUGAAGCUGAUAAAGCCAUGAGAGCGCAAAGUCUACAAGCCAGAGCUAAGAUGGGUUUAAUCACGAGGCAGCUGCUCAGGAACACCACAGAAGAAGAUCUCAUCCAGAGGUUGAAUGAAGAUGUUGAUGAUGGAGCUGAUCUUCUCACUGCUUUUGACGGCAUGGAGAAAGCUGCAAAGGUGAUGGAAACUCAGCUGCGGGAGCAGAAAGAAGCUUAUGGGAGUCAACUGGAAGCUCUGGUCUUCAAAAACGAACAUUUAAACAAAGAGAACGAGCAGCUUCAAGCUCUCUUUCAGGAGAAAAGUAACGUCAACCAAAGCAUCGGGCAGGAAGUGGCCCGCCUCACUGCUGAGAACAUGGCGAUUCCAGAACUGAAGCAGCAGGUGUCAGAACUGAACCGCCACAAACACGAGCUUGAGACCCAGUUACAAGAUCAGAGCGCUGAGAUGAGCGCAAAAAUAAAGGAGUUAUCAAAUGAGCUUCAGCUCACUGUCGAAGAGGAGCAAUCACAGCGCAGGCACCUGGAGGAGAAGAUUACAGAGAGCGAGAGAAGAAGAGAAGAGAUGGAGAGACAGAUGGCUGACCUCCAGGAGGAGAACGAACAGCUACAGAAAGCUCAGCUCUCAGAGAGCGAAGCCAAGAACAAACUCAGACAGGAGACCUCACGCCUCACAGCUGAGAAUAUGGACUUUGAGGAACAGUUAGACAUGAAGGACAGAUUGAUAAAACGACUCCAAGACCAAAUCAAAGCUCUUCAAACACAUGUGACAGCCAAUCAGAAAGCAGUACCGGCUGUGCCCAAAGAGUACUUGGGCAUGUUGGAGUACAAGAAGGAGGAUGAAAGCAGGCUGAUCCAGGCGCUCAUACUCGAGCUGAAACCUCGUGGUGUGGGUGUGCAAAUGAUCCCCGGUCUGGCUGCACAUCUCCUCUUCAUGUGUGUGAGACACGCCGAUUACCUCAACGAUGGAAACAAGCUCAAGUCCCUCAUGCGCGGCAUCAUUACAGCCAUAAAAGAGGUGAUCGCGGGCCACCAGGAGAAUUUUGAAGUUCUGUCCUUCUGGCUCUCCAACACAUAUCACUUCCUCAACUGUCUCAAACAGUACAGCGGGGACGAGGAGUUCAUGAAGCACAACACGCCUCGUCAGAAUAAGAACUGCCUGAAGAACUUCGACCUGUCUGAGCACCGGCAGAUUCUCAGCGACCUCGCCAUCAACAUCUACCAUCAGUUCAUCAGCGUGAUGGAGGACACGCUCUAUCCCAUGAUCAUCCCCGGGAUGUUGGAGCACGAAAGUCUCCAGGGAAUCUCCAGCAUGAAGCCCACGGGUUUCCGUAAGCGCUCGAAUAGCGUGUUCGAGGAUGGCGGGGACCUCAGCGGGGCUGAGCCAUUCAGCGUGACCUCCAUCCUGCAGCAGCUCGGCACGUUCCACACCAGCAUGGCGCAGCAGGGCAUGGAGCCGCAGCUGCAGGGUCAGGUCAUACGACAGCUGUUCUACCUCAUCGGAUCCACGUCGGUGAACAGCAUUCUGCUCCGUAAGGACCUGUGCUCCUGCCGGAAGGGCAUGCAGAUCAGGUGUAACAUCAGUUAUCUAGAGGAGUGGCUGCGAGAAAAGGGUCUGCAGAGCAGCUUUGCCAUGGAAACGCUGGGGCCGCUGUCUCAGGUCGCCUGGCUUCUUCAAGUCAACAAGACCACAGAUGAAGACGCAGCCGAGAUCAAGCAGAGAUGCUCCGAGCUCUCGUCCGUGCAGAUUGUGAAAAUCCUUAACUCCUACACACCCAUUGAUGAUUUCGAAAAGCGAGUGACUCCAUCCUUUGUCCGCAAAGUGCAGGCGUUGCUGCAGGAGCGCGAGGGCUCGUCUCAGCUGAUGAUGGACUCACAGUAUCGUUUCCAGGUCACUUUUCCCUUUUGCUCCUCGCCACAAGCACUGGAACUCCUACAGGUGCCCAGCAGCCUCCGUCUGGGCUUCGCCACUCGUAUUUGACCUUUAACCUCUGACCUUAGUGAUCUCAGGACCAGGGGCCAGUUGCAUAAAAUGCUUAGACAUCUAUUUUUUUCUGUAAGACUAGUAAUAACUUUUUUUAAGUCAGUUACAUAAUGUAGAAAGGUGUAAUUUUAAUCUGAAAAGUAAGACUAAUUAUUACCUCUUGGCAAACUGCUAGUUGGUCAGACUGGUUGUUAACUGUGUUUAUGCGUCUGACACCAGUACUUAUGAUCAGGAUGUGUCUGUGCUGACCUGAAUGCAUUAUGUAAACACUGCUAACAUUAAUGCUAACAUUUGUAUAUUUUUAGAUUUAUUUAUAAAUAUUUUAAUCACAUGUUCUCUAAAUAGUAUCUUUUAGAAUAGCUUUUUAUCAACCAUGAACAAACACUGUAACAUACUAUUCAAUAACCCAAACCAGCCUCACAUGUUCAGCUCCAUUUUGUAAAUCCUAAAUAGUUAUUGUCACAAAUUGCUCUUCCGUUGAAUUUUUUAUAAAUCAGAAAUAAAUCAAUAAACACAA